UAUGCAAAUAGAAAAAAGCUCUUUCUGCUGUGUGCUCGGAUGUUUAAUAUCUUUGACACAUGAAUUGUUUUAUGUUCAAUUAUGCAACAUCAAGCCUUUUUUUAAAAGGAUUUCCCAUCACUGACAAAAGUUAUCAACAUCAGCACUGAUGGGAAAUCAUUUCAACUCUUGUCCGGACUGAUUUUUAUGAUAACCAAAUAGGAAUAACUGUUUUAGUUCAAAAUUUGUUUUCCAACAGUUAGUGCGUUCAUAUUUCUUAAUCACAGUGAAUUUGUAGCUUGAAAAUUUUUUUUUUUUUUUUUUAAUACUCUUCGGAUGUGCAUUUGGUGGCUGUGUUAAAAAUGUAGACCAAGAAUUUUGAUUGGGCAUCGAUUUUUUACUAUUCUUUUUUAAAACAAAUUUCUCUCCUUGGUUUCCAGGUUGUUACUAUUUAAAAGAGUCUCUCAUUCAUAGAUGGAAAUAAUGUGUGGCUUUUUUAAAAUUGUGAUUUUCUGAAGAUAGGCUUGAAAUUAUUUUGAAAAUGGUUUCGUAAUUUCAUAAUUCUAAUUGAAAUAUUUAAAAGUGUGCACUUAGAUACAAUAUUUUUUUUUUUUAAGACGUUGCAGAUUACAAUUUGUUCUCUAUCAUUUUCAACAAAGUUUUUCAAACAGUUGAAAUCUUGAAGUUUUUUUUUUCAAGUGUUGAAAGGCAGCAGCAAAUAAUGUGAUUGACUUUUUUAAUUUAGACUCUAGCUCACAUCAGGAUCAUAAUAGUAAUUUUGUUUUGGUUUCGGUAAUGAGAAUGUUCAAGUGAAUGAUUUGGCCGAUUUAAAAGACAAAAAGUAUGAAAUAAACCACUGAUCAUGCUGGCUAAGUCGAAGAAGGAGGAGGUGGGGCCAGGCGAAGGUUUCAAAAACUCAUUAUUUGAAUGUGGUGGUAAAUAUUCUGACACUGGGGCUAAACCUUCCAGCUCGCACGGAGUCGAUUUUACUAUUCCGACUUGGUUCGAAGACCUUUUUGAGCAUGCUGAACCAAAAUCGACAUGGGUAAAUUUUGUUAGAUUCUUAGCUUGUUUGUGAAUGGGUAUUUGUGAGUUUAAAAAAUAACUUUUGUUGUUUUUUUUGUCCUUUAUACAGUGGCUCUUUUUUUUUAGUGAUCAGCCAUAGAGAGUAUUAAAACAAACCAAUGAGUUGCAAUUACCAUAUCUGAUGAUAUACACUGAAAUUAUGCAGUUCCUGAUGAACUAUCCUUACUUCAAACCAGUUGUUAAAAAGUGUUGAUUUACAUAUUCAAUGUUGUUGUAUUUCCUUCUGUUUCAGCAUCCUACAUUCAGAGCGUCUAGCAGUUGCGGUGGCUACAGGAAAAAACAGCAGCAUUUCUUAGGCAUACAUCCUACAGGUUGGUGGGCUACUUGUGUUGAUCAACUUACUUAGGCCUCUCUUCUCUCCCCCACCCACACCAUUAUCGUUUGCCCAUCGGUUGUUGGCCUCUGCUAUGGUUUCAAAAGUAAUUUAGCAGCUCCUUUAUCUGUAACCUGUGUCUUACAUGCCCCUAGAUGACAAAAAACAUGUUUUUCACCCGAACUCUUUCCUACCGUCUAAUAAAACAUCCAUUCCAGUUUAUGACCAUUGUUAUGUUCACCUUGUUCAAUCGAGUGUAGUGCAGUCAUUGUAUAUAAUAAUUUGGAACCCCACAGUUGCAGUGCGACAUCCCCCAGUAUUUUGAGUGACAGGAAAUGAAUAUUAUUGAAUAGCUUAAUUCCACAAAAGAACCUGUGCCCCAGAUUUCAAAGAGGAAAAUGCCCCUCAGCUUGCCUAAAAUUUAAUGUCUGGCCCUCUAGACAAUAGAGCUUGCUGUCCCAUGUGUUUUCCAUCCCCUGUGUUAGACCCGAAGGUGAUAUUUUAUUUAACAAUUUAGAAGUCAUCGUUGAAAGCUGUGCCGGCUUGCUUUUGUUUGUGGCCAUUGUUUUUAGUUACUCAUCAAAUCUAAUGAAUUACUUCUUUGUACAUUUUCAGAAAUGAAUGGAAUGAAGGCAGAUUCACUUUCUAGUCCCACAGGCAAUAAUAAAUUUUCCUUCUCACGGACCAGUAGCACCGGUUCCAUCCCUGCUGCAGGGUGCACAUCGUCAGCCUCCUCGGCACAAAACACAGGUGAUUACAUGUGCUGUGUGGUGCACGGGGUGUGUGUGGUGCCCAGGGUGAAUGUGGUACAGGGGCUGUGUAGUACAAAGGGUAUGUGUUGGUCCAUGGGUUGUUUGGGGUACAGGGGCUGUGUAGGACAAAGGGUAUUGUGGUACAAAGGGUAUGUGUGGUACAAAGGGUAUGUGUUGGCCCAUGGGUUGUGUGUGGUACAGGGGCUGUGUAGUACAAAGGGUGUGUGUUGGUCCAUGGAUUGUGUGUGGUACAGGGGCUGUGUAGUACAAAGGGUGUGUGUUGGUCCAUGGGUUGUGUGUGGUAAAUGAGUUGGAUGUGGUAGAAGGGUUGGGUUGAGGUAGAUGUGUUGUUUAUGUCAAUGGUGUAAAUAGCUUUAGUGCCCCCCAGGAGGAGCAAGGACUUUUGUCAACCCCCCUUCCAUGACACAAUCUCUGCAGAUGUGCUGUCUGGGGCCACAUUUGUUUUGUGUGUUUCAUAUCUGUCACUUUAACCUUUUCAUACAUAUCAUAUAACAUGCUUUGUUCUUCUCAUCUGUCACUUUAACCUUUUCAUACAUAUCAUAUAACAUGCUUUGUUCUUCUCAUCUGUCACUUUAACCUUUUCAUGCAAAUCAUUCAUCCUGCUUUGUUCUUCUCCGCGUUCAUUUGUAAUGUAUGUUACAUUGUAUUCAUAAAUAGUACAGGCUACGACAGGGGGAUGUAAGAAGAUGGAAAGCCUUUGUUUGCAUAACAUAUGGAUGUCCCAUAACUUUAAACAGACCUGUUUACUCUUACGAUUUUGGGGUACAAUGUGCGAUUUUGAAGUGUAUACAUUAUUUGUACUUUAUGUUUAUUAUUUUACUAUUAAGAUAAUGUAAUGAAUGAUUAUGUCAUGAUAUUGUACGAUUUUAAGUUUGAGGGUAAAGAGUCCUGAUUAAAUCAUUAGUAUUCCUUUUAAGUCUUACUCCACUGUCAAAUGACCAAAAUUCUUGUUUGAUUCUAUUACAGUAGUGUACUGAAACCAACAAAGCCACACACACACACACUUUUUUUUUUUAAAUUUAUUUUUAAAAUAAUAUUCAAUGACAAUGGCGCUAUACAAGUCUUUUGUCAGAAAUGACCACAAAGCCAUGAAAUUAAUCUAUGAUCAUUACAGAGCCUGCUAUUUUGGGACGCUUGUUUUGUAUGCUGUUGAUCCCAUUGGGGUCAGUGGGUCAUCGGUUUAAAGGGACCAUAGAUCAGUCCUUUUUGCCGAUGCUCCCUAUUGAUCCUCCCUCUGGCUGAGACAAAACAUUGACAGGGGCAACAGCUGCAGAGAGCUGUUCUGUUACAUCUCGAGCUGUAUAGAGAGAGACCAGUGCUGCUCAAGCUGAAGAGGGCAGUUCUGUUACAGCUAGAGUUGUAGAGAGAGAGAGAGCAGUGCUGCUUCAGCUGAAGAUUGGCAGCUCUGUUACAGCUAGAGCUGUAGAGAGAGAGAGAGAGCAGUGCUGCUUCAGCUGAAGAUUGGCAGCUCUGUUACAGCUAGAGCUGUAGAGAGAGAGAGAGCGGUGCUGCUCAAGCUGAAGAGGGCAGCUCUGUUACAGCUGGAGCUGAAGAGAUCAGUUGUUGUACAGCUGGAGCUGAAGAGAUCAGUUGCGAUACAGCUGGAGUUGUGUAGAGAGAGCAGUGCUGCUCAAAUAGUAGCCAAGGACUUCGGUCUGUGCCUUAUAAAAACCCUAUGCACUUUGCUUGAGUGUUGUUUAUCAGUUUGAAGAUCUUUGAGACAAGAAUUCUCUAGGUUCAUCUUGUCCCACUGAUCCCAAAGUUGUUAAACAGCUUAUUUGAGUGGUACAAAAAAAAAAAAAAAGUUUGAGGCUAUAGAAAGUUAUGACAAGGAAAAAUGACAAUUUUUUUUUUUUAUAUUUUAAUGUAAAGUUGUAGAAACCUAGGGUUCCUCAAAACUUUGAGACAAGAAUUCUCUAGGUUCAUCUUGUCCCACUGAUCCCAAAGUUGUUAAACAGCUUAUUUGAGUGGUACAAAAAAAAAAAAGUUUGAGGCUAUAGAAAGUUAUGACAAGGAAAAAUGACAAUUUUUUUUUUUACAUGUUAAAGUACAGUUGUAGAAACCCAGGGCUCCUCAAAAUAGAGCUACAGAUGCUAAGCUUGUUUUUUUAAUGAUACUUUUGGAGUAUAGGGUCUCCAUUUUGUAAAGCAUCAGAAGUACAUGUCUUCUUCUUCAAUAUAUCAAGGGCCCACGAUCAAUGUAUUGAUCAUGUCGUCAUAGUCUGAAGUUCGUCCCCUUAGAAUAACCAAGUUCUGUUGAUUUUAUUAAAUUGUCACAUGGACAUUGUUAUUCAAGGUUGGGGCUACGAAUUAGCAUUCCUUCUUAAAGGAAAUCUUUUAUUAGAAUAAUUAAGGCAUUGUUAAAAAAAUAAAAAAUGUGUGUUUUAUUCUUGUAUGAUGGGGAUAUUUAUGCUCACAAGACUAAACAGAGUGGGGUUGUUGUUUUUAUCAAAGUGCAGUGGACAAAAGUCCAACUUGUGAUCCUGCGGGCAGUGUACGCAAGGAGUCGCCUGUCUUGAUUGCCGAGGUCAGAGGGGUCGAAGCACCAUGCCCCCUCUUCAUGUCUGACAUGUGUGCAGGGCAUGGCUCACGGGUGCCACUCACUUUAUGCUAAUGCUGUGGUGGGAGCGAUGCUCACUGUCGCCACUCACUCUAUGCUAAUGCUGUGGUGGGAGCAAUGCUCACUCCCCGCGCACUCACCAGAUGCGUGAUGGACCGAUGGCUGCCCCAGGGACCAAUCAUUGCCACUGCCCAUUCCAAGCAGAUUAUCUGACUCCCUCAACCCCCACCCUUUUUUUUUCUAUCUUUUCCUUUAUACAAUAAAAUACUGGGGGGAAAAAUUUAGCAUGUCCAAUAUUGAUGAGUGUUACCUUACAGCUAUAAAAAAAAAUGUUUGUCAGUGUUUUGUUUGUUUAUAAAGAUAUUUGUCUCUUGUGGCUCGUUGAGCGCCUGGGGUAAAUGUUUGUUUGGAGUUUAGAAGAUGAUGAUGAAAUCCAUGAAUUAUAAAUAGUCAUUGAGCCAAUGUUCUCUUGCUAUAAUUGUCACUUCUUCUGAAAACAAGAAUUGAUUUAGGUUUUUUUUAAAGACGACUGAUGCUGUUUGUUUUUUGUGUGUUUUUUUUUUUAAAAUCUUGUACAAUAAAAUAAUCAAUACUCUCUGAUCACCUUGCUGACUGAAUAUUGUUACACAAAAAGUUUGUUGUUAAAUAAAACACUUUGUUCAUGCUGCGCCACAUUAAUUAUACAAGGGGGUAUUCAAGGGUAGUUUCAUAUUUAUAACUCAAUUUCUUUAUUAAUAGGACACUAUUUUAUAACACUAAUUUACAACUCACUUUUUUGUUGUAUAAAACUAACAAGUUUGUACCCCCUGUUAGAUUAUAAACAAUCUCUCUGAAACAUGUCGGUCAGAUUAUAUUAGAUUGCUCUCUAAUUCUUAUUCCCCAGAGGAUAAAGACAGUGAGACUAGCAGAGUGCAUCCUACACUCUCUCUAUUUGUGUUUCCCAAGAUGAGUCUAGCAAAGUCCCAUUCUACACUCUCUAAUUCUUAUUCCCAAGAUGACAAAGACUAUGAGACCAGCAAGUUCCCAUUCUACACUCUCUAAUUCUUAUUCCCAAGAUGACAAAGACUGUGAGUCCAGCAAGGUCCCAUUCUACACUCUCUAAUUCUUAUUCCCAAGACGACAAAGAUUGUGAGUCCAGCAAGGUCCCAUUCUACACUCUCUAAUUCUUUCUCCCCAGAGGAUAAAGACAGUGAGACUAGCAGAGUGCAUCCUACACUCUCUCUAUUUUUCUUUCCCAUGAUGAGUCCAGCAAGGUCCCAUUCUACACUCUCUAAUUCUUGUUCCCAAGAUGACAAAGACUGUGAGUCCAGCAAGGUCCCAUUCUACACUCUCUAAUUCUUAUUCCCAAGAUGACAAAGACUGUGAGUCCAGCAAGGUCCCAUUCUACACUCUCUAAUUCUUAUUCCCAAGAUGACAAAGUCUGUGAGUCCAGCAAGGUCCCAUUCUACACUCUCUAAUUCUUAUUCCCAAGAUGACAAAGACUGUGAGUCCAGCAAGGUCCCAUCCUACACUCUCUAAUUCUUUCUCCCCAGAUGAUGAAGACUGUGAGUCCAGCAAGGUCCCAUCCUACACUUUCUAAUUCUUUCUCCCCAGAUGAUGAAGACAGUGAUUCCAGCAAGGUCCCAUCCUACACUCUCUAAUUCUUUCUCCCCAGAUGAUGAAGACAGUGAGUCCAGCAAGGUCCCAUCCUACACUCUCUAAUUCUUUCUCCCCAGAUGAUGAAGACAGUGAGUCCAGCAAGGUCCCAUCCUACAAGGACAGACGGAGAGAGGCACACACAGUAGCAGAGCAGAAAAGGAGGGACGCCAUUAAGGUGGGUGCCCACACGAUAAGAAGUCAACUCCAUCAAGUGGAUCGGGUGCAGCAUUCCAAUAGGGGAAAAUAAGCAUAGUUCAUACUCAAUUUUAUUACUGAAUGACACCCCCUACCCCAAUAAGGACUUGAAUGUUUCAGUGUCAAUUUAUUUAGUAAUUGCCCUCAUUAAUGCAACACUCCCUCCACAAGAGUUUUUACUUUGCUCCGCGCCCUCCUGUUCAUGACUAAUCACAGUGUAAUUCUCCACUUUUCUUCCCUUUUAGCCUGUAUUUAAUCUCUUACCUACUUAUUUUCUGUCACACUUCUCUUGCUGCCCUCUCAUGUACUAAAUUUCAGCUGUUACAUUAAAUUUUAUUCUGUUUUUACUGUUGUUUGUUCGCUGAUGAAGGCUUCUUGCCAACACGUUUGUUGUUUUGUUGCGUUCCUUUUUGCAGGUUUUCCCCUACUUUGUUUCACUCAUUCCCNCUCACUACCCACCCAAUCCCUCACUACCCACCCAAUCCCUCACUACCCACCCAAUCCCUCAAGCUGGACACAUUGAAUAUUUUAUAUUCUGCUAUUCACUCAGUGGCUGAACCCAUCUACUUUCAAGGUCACAUUAACACACACACAAGCAGAAAAUGUUGAUUGUUAAAGCACCGGCAAGCUACAUGUGCAGCGUGCACAACAAUCUUGAUGUUUAUGACUGCCGAUAGUCAACUUACUCUUAACACCCAUCUGACUUCUGAGAUUUCAAACGCAAAAAAAAAAAAAAAAUUCCAUUCCCAGAAAGGCUAUGAUGAACUCCAGGGCAUUGUGCCGACCUGUCAGCAGCAAGAUACACUGGGCUCCCAGAAGAUAAGCAAGGCCACGGUGCUGCAGAGAUGUAAGUUGUUGCUUGUUCUCUCACAAUGAGAAUGUACACCACUAGGCUAGCUUGGAAGCUGUAACAUACUGAGGUUUGGGAGAAAUGAUAAGGUUGGGGGGUGGGGGAUUCGAGUCAUUAAGCUUAAAAUGUGCUACUUGCCAUAGUCUUUUAUUUUUUAUUUUUUUUGUGAUUUCCUCAUAGUGAAUAAAAUGCUGAAAUGGAAGGGAAUAAAUUAUGGCCAUUCAUUAUACAAAAAAUUGUCGGUCCAAUUAGAUUUUAGAUGGUUGUGGGUGAUUUUAAUGAUUUACUUUAAUAACCCCCAACAAUACAUAUUUAACAUGUUCUGGGGUGUCUCUAGGCUGCACUAGACCAUAACAAGUGUCCAUCCCCCUUGCACACAAAAGUUUAGAAUCCAUGGCUUACAAUUUGUCAAUGACACGGAGGUCAAGUGCUUCUCAAUGAUACAAAUUGCCAGAAAAACAUGUUUGUUAUUGAAGCAAUGGCCUGAUUGUCUGUGGAAAAAAUUAAAAAUAAAAACAUGAUUUGUUUGUAAAAAAAAAAAAAAUUAAUUUGAAGAAAAAAAAAACUUGAAAGAAAUCCCUAGGCUGAAGUGAUAAAACAUUCCCUUUCAGCCAUCGACUACAUGCAGUUUUUGAGCAGCCAGAAAAAGAAACAAGAAGAAGAACUGGAGUCGCUGAGGAAAGAGGUCAUGGCACUCAAAAUAAUGAAAGCGUAAGUGUCCAUCAAAGUGAUUACACCCCCCCUUUGACCCAUGUUUGUAUCAGGUCUGGAAGCAUUCAUGCUGUUUUAGUCUUCACACAAAUACAUCCAUCCACAACAAACUGGAGAAAACCAAUUUGACCAUGACUAAUAUCUUUUUAUUUAAAGGCAAGGGAAUGAGAAUUUCUGUUUUAAAAAAAGUUCAUUGAGGCAUUUUGCAGUUUAAGUGAGAUGUGAAUUAAUAUUAAAUUUAUCUUUUCUAAAAAUAUUGUCCUUUGCCAAGAAUCAUCUCACUAAAAAACAAAUGAUGCUAUUGUUUUGAUACAGAGUUGUAGCAAUUACCGUAUUUAUUGGCGUAUAACACACACACACACACCACACACCCCAAUUUAAGAAGGAAAUUUCAGGAAAAAAAACUAAACAUUAUAUCGGCUUAGAACACGCACACGUGAUUUGCCCCCUAUUUUCAGGGAGAAAAAGUGCGUGUUAUACGCCAAUAAAUACGGUAGUUUGGGUGUGGCAUAAGUUAAAAGUAAUUUGAAAUGAAAACUGAAGAUAGAAUUUAUCAGACUUUUAUCCUAUUUAAUAAUUUAAUAUUGCAGCAACUAUGAACACAUUGUGAAGACACAUCAGAGCUCUCCGUCCCAUGGACAAAAUCAGGUGUCGGAUGAGGUCAAGUUUCAAGUGGUCAGUAUUUACGGUUGAUAUGAGCUCUUCUUUAGUUGUCAGACAUGUUGCCUGGAUCAGCUCCAUUGGGAGACCACUUGAUGGCCUGGACUUCAAGGCAAACUCUAACCUUAUUACAAUCUCCAUGCUCACCAGAAAUGUCUUUUAAAAAAAUAUAUUUAAAAAAAAAAAAAAAAUCUAAAUUAUGGCACAGUUCUGUUUUUAUCUUCCUCUCUAGCUGAUGGUAAAUCUGUUAUUUAAUGCAACUCCUAAGGUCUGAAAAUGUGUAUCAUGUGAAGAUGGAGUCAGUCUGGUUGUUUUUGUUUUUUGGGGGGGGAUAUUCCCUACCUGCUUUAACCCUUUAUAGGUCGAAGUAAGAAUCCACAUUUUGUUGGUUUGUUUGUUGACAAACACAAGACUCAUUUACUCCCAAGGCUUCUGUUGUGUCUGCUGCACUGCUUGUGGUUGGAUGACCUUUAACCUCUGCUGCACUGAUUGCUGAUGCAGCCAGGCAUUCUCAUUAAGUAACCUUCGGUCUAUCAACGAGGUUACAACCUAAUAAUUUAUUUAUGAUGAAGUUACCAUGCUGUGGUGUCAACUCUCUUUUAAUUACUUUGAGAUGUAUCACUAAAGCACCCAAAAACUAAUAAGUCCAGAGACCCAUACAAGUAUAGAUAUUCUGAGGGCAAAUUGGACAAGAAUCAUAUGGUAUGAAUGUUGGAAUUCUGUGAGCUGUGGUGAAUGAAUAUGACCUUGACCUUUCAGCUGUAGGAACAAUUGCGCUACAGUUUAUCUUUCAUCAACUCACGUCCACACUAACUGUUGGGUCCUUUUUUUUUUAAUCAUCUGAGUUUUUCAGACACUUGAAACAUAAUUCUUUCAGUUUCUUAUUUGAGGGCACACAAUCAAUUUAUUGAUCAUUUUGGCUCCUGGUUUGAAUUCAGAGUUAGCCUUCUCUUAGAUGAGUUGCCCUCCAAGGAUAACGGGUCCCAUCCAUCCGGGGUGAUUGGGAUUUCGGCUUUGGCUGUGAUUGAGCUCCAGACCACCAUUUGGAGUGAGUCAGUUUACACCACUCGGCCACCCAGCACCCUCACUAUUAUUAUGACUUUGAGUAAUGACAACGAGACUAUCUUAGUGCCAGCUCCCCUAUCUUAAAUAUUGCUCCCAUGAGUAAUGACAAGAAGACUAUCUUAGUGCCAGCUCCCCUUUCUUAAAUGUUGCUCCCAUGAGUAAUGACAACAAGACUAUCUUAGUGCCAGCGCCACUAUUUUAAUUAUUGCUCCCAUGAGUAAUGACAAGAAGACUACCUUAGUGCCAGCUCCACUAUCUUAAUUAAUGCUCCCAUGAGUAAUGACAAUAAGACUAUCUUAGUGCCAGCUCCACUAUCUUAAUUAUUGCUCCCAUGAGUAAUGACAAGAAGACUAUCUUAGUGCCAGCUCCACUAUCUUAAUUAUUGCUCCCAUGAGUAAUGAAAGAAGACUCUUCAAAAUCACUUUCAUGAAGAAAUGAUUCAAAUAAAUUCGGCUUUUUGCUUUGGUGGGCCAACAUUUCUCAGAAAAUGUCACCUCCGUUUUCAAAAUUUUAAAAAUAAAUACAUAUUAACACAUGAAUUAUUUCCCUUAGUGUUUUAUAAUUAAUAAGUAAAUCUUAAUGAGUUAUACUUAAGAUUAGCAUUAAUUUUAGUAGAGACUAAUUAUAUCAGAUGUAGCACCAUAGAAGCAGCCCAUAGGGCCAAUGAUUGACUGUUCGUGGCUUAAAGACUAGCAUUGCGGUUUCAUUUUUGUUAAUUGUAAGAACUGGGGGUGGUCAGAUUUUGGAAACAAUGUCUGCUUAUACAAAUUAUUCAUCUCAUUAUUAUCAACAUUAUAACUUUCAGUUCCGCAACAUGAUGGACUCGCUGUUCCAGUCUUUCAAUGCGUCCAUCUCUGUGGCCAACUUUGCUGAACUCUCUGCCUGUGUCUUCAGCUGGCUGGAAGAAUAUUGUAAACCUCAGGUAACGGGAAUACUAACAAGGAUUAUUGACCUUUUUUUCUUUAAAAAAAUAUUUAAACUUCUUAAAUGAUGCAACAAGUGACCUUAUUUUACUGUAAUUAAUAUUUUAUUCAUGUGUAAAGAUUAUCUGAAAGACUUUAGUGAUGUUUAAUACAGUGAGACUUUGGUCAUGUUUUACACAGUGAGGCUUUGGCCAUGUCUUGCACAGUAGAUGUGUGGAAGUCAUUGAUUUAAAAAUGCUGAUAUGUUUGUUUCUCAUUUCAGACCCUGCGAGAACUAGUUUUGGGAAUUCUCCGGCAGGUGAACACAACAAUAAACAAUCAGUAACAUCAAGAAAUCCUGCCGAUAAAAUAUUUCAAUGAUCAUUGAGUGUGUCGAUUCUCUGAUGUUAAUGAUAAUUUUAAUGUAAAUGUGUCUGACAAAUUUAAUGGAGACGUCUUAUAGCAAACAAGUUAACUUCAAGUGGAGCACAGUAGAACCUUGUAUUGCAUGCAUAAUUUAGUAUAGAAACUAGUUAGCAGUCCAAAGCACUUGUUAGUCAAAGAGAUAUGCCCCUUAACAAAUAAUGGAAACUCAGAUGAUUCAUUCGACAACCCCAAAAAAUAUUUGUAUAAAAAUGAUAAGUGCUAAAGACCUUUCUAUAGUUUUACCAUUUAAACUGAAUACAAAAAAAAUUAUUAAAAUUUGUUCAUUACAUUAAUCGUAGCUGGUGUGAGGGAGAUGAGAGAGAUGGGGGUCAUGAAUCAUGUCGGAUGACUCUCACUGUAACUAAAGUCAUCACUACCAUCUGUUGGUGCUUACAAAAUCUCGCGCUGUUGCUCGUUCUCCAAGACCUCGCUUUUUUAUCAAUUUAAAAAUUUAUUGAAACAUUUUUUUCACCCAUCUUAUAAAAACACUUGCGGGCCAAAUUACUUUCAAUCCUAGUUGUAUUUUUUUUUACUGUACUGUGUUCAAGUCACGGCUCUUUUUCUUCCAUUUUAAAAGCUAGAACAGAGGAUUGGCUAUUUUUUAACAUUAUUAUUAUUUUCUUUUGAAAUUAAAUUUAAAGAUGGAACAGUUCUUUUCACACCCAGCAUUUUAUAGGAGCAAAAUUAACUAGCUGAAGUUAAGACAUAAAUCUGUAUUAUUUUUUUAUGUCCAAAUAUUUACAGCAUGUUAGUGAUUACUUUGCUGCAUAGUUUUUCAUUUUUGUUGCCAUUUUUAUUGAUAAAAAUACUGUAGUUAUUUCAUUCAUGUUCUAUGUAAACAAAAAAAUAAUCAGAUUGAAAUUGUAAAAAUAUUUUUGAACCAUGUUACCUAUUAGAUUAUUCCAAGUUAAAUUCAAUUUAACUCCUUUUUUUAAAAAAAAAUUUUUUGUAUUCCACUAUUUUCCUCACAUCUUGAUUCCAUUUUCAUGUCUUGUGUAUUCGUUAACAUUAAUCAUGAUUAUUAUUUUUUUUAAUACCUGUUUGUGGUCAAUGAAGUACUUAUUUAGUCCCAAUGCGUGGAGUGUAUGAAUGACCCAAGUACAAGGGCAUACUUAAUUGUGUAACAGCGUCAUGAUGGAAUCUGUGAGGGUUCACCCUGCAAGUCUGCGAUGAUGUGUCUAAGGGGGG